GGUAUCGAAGCAGGUGGAUGCAAUCUUUGAUUUAACUCCUUCUCUAAACAAAGCAAGCUUUCCUUGUUGGUGUAGGUUCCACUCCAAGCAGGUCUACGGUGUUGCUUUUUUGUUUUUUGUCUAUGGUCCAAGAGGCAGCCAAUACUUCAGCGAUGAAGGCCAAUAUUGAGUGUGAAGAUGCUUCAUCACACAAGAGAGGACAAGAUGAAGGAGAGAAGUGUAGACGUUCAGGCAGAACAAGUUUGGCUGACUCUGGAUCCCCCCAAAAAUAUCAUGAGGUGAAAAAGAAAAGAACGUGCUCGCAGUGUGGGAAAAGUUUCACCUCUCCAUCGUUACUCACUAGCUGUGAGAAAACGGAUACUGGAGAGCGACCUGACCAGUGCUCAGAUUGUAGGAAUGCACCUGAUGAAGGGAGCAAAAUGAAAAGACACACUGGAGAGAAACCAUACCACUGCUCAGACUGUGGAAAAGCCUUUUCUGUAUUGAGGAGUUUGAUAUCGCACCAGAGACUGCACACUGGAGAGAAACCAUACCACUGCUCAGACUGUGGAAAAGCCUUUUCUGUAUUGAGGAGUUUGAUAUCGCACCAGAGACUGCACACUGGAGAGAAACGUCAUCACUGCUCAGACUGUGGAAAAGCCUUUAUUAAAUUGAAUAGAUUGAUAUCGCACCAGAGAGUCCACACUGGAGAGAAACCUUAUCACUGCUCGGACUGUGGGAAAAGUUUCACCCUUUCCAACACUCUCAGGGUGCAUCGUAAGCUUCAUACUGGAGAGAAACCGUAUCCCUGCACUGUCUGUGGGAAGAAAUUUGUUAGUACAAGUUCCCUUAAGAGGCACCAAAAAGUGCACAAUGGAGACAAGCCUUACUACUGCACAUUCUGUGGAGGUCAGUAUGCAAGGCUGUUUCAACUGAAAAUCCAUCAAAGGCUUCACACUGGAGAGAAGCCGUAUUCCUGCACACUGUGCGACAAGCGCUUUUCUCAGCAUCCUCAUCUAAAAACUCACUUGCGAACACAUUUUGGAGAGAAGCCGUACCACUGUUCACAUUGUGGGAAAAACUUUUCUCAGAAUAGCCAUCUUACAGUCCACCUUAGGACACAUACUGGAGAAAGGCCCUAUCAGUGCCCUCAGUGUGAGAAGACCUGCACUACAUUGAGUGCUCUUAAAUGUCACCUCAGGGUUCACACUGGAGAGAAGCCUUACCCCUGCUCUGAAUGUGGAAAGUGCUUUUCCCAGUCCAGUGAACUCAAAACACACCAACAACGAAAGACCUGCAAUAAGCCUAAGCCAGGUGAUCUUCAAAGUCAUCUGGAACGACAUGAGAUUCAGCCUUUACUUCGUAGAAAGACCAGUUCACAAGGAUCACAAAAAAACCUGAGAAUUAGCAACCAGGGCAACCACACCAGAGCAAGGCCGUACUAUUGCUCAGAGUGUGGAACAGCCUGUUCCAAUGUGGAUGAAAUGGAACAUCACCAGAGGAGCCACGUUAGAGAGAAGUCGUAUAACUGCGCACAGUGUGGAAGCAGCUUUUCAAAUCUGAAUGAAUUGAAAAUCCAUAAAAGGCUUCACACAGCCUCCGUCCAAACCCCUGUUCUCCUAGGGUCUUCUGCAGCCUGUUCUGCUCCUCCCAAAGACCGAUCAACAUGGCAUGUUCCACUGAAGACUCUGACAAUACAACUGAUGGACUGCAGACAUUUACUGGGGCAGGAUAACACAUUGACACUACCAGGGGAAAGAGGAGAACAAAGGCCCCAGGGUUUAACGGUUGAUGGGGAACCGACCACCAAUAACAGUCUUGGCGCAUCUAGUACACAUCACCAGACUCUGCGAGAAGAAACCAAGUCUAAGAAGAGAAAAAAGCUACAAAAGGGAGAUAUGCCGCACCACAGCACAAAAAGUGAAAAGAGUCUGACUGUCUCAAAGGGCCAUCUUUACAGCGGCAUCAUGGAGAAGGAGCGAUUCCACUGCACCCUGUGCUUGAAAAGCUUUAGCAGUGCAAAGUCCCUGAAAACCCACAAAGCGAUCCACAAGGAAAAGAAUGUCCACACCUGCUCUUACUGUGGACUGAGUUUUAACCAAUCAGGGACCUUAGUGACGCAUGUGAGGAUACACACUGGAGAGAAGCCCUUUGAAUGCUCUGAAUGCCAGAAGAGUUUUGUCUCAUCCUCUCACCUUCAUGUACAUCAGAGAAUCCACUCUGGGAAGAAGCCAUAUGCAUGCAAAGAGUGCGGAAAGAGGUUCACUCAGUCGUCAGGCCGGGACUUCCAUCAAAAAAUCCACACAGGAGAGAAGCCCUUUCAAUGCAAUGACUGCAAUAUGUCUUUUAUAGCUGUAAAAUUUCUAAAACAGCACCAACGAGUCCACACCCAGGAGAAACCAUACCACUGCUCUGACUGUGGUAAGUCUUUUAACCAUCACGGCAACCUGAUCGAGCACCGACGCGUGCACACAGGUGAGAAGCCGCACCGCUGUUCCGACUGUGGUAAGUGUUUUGCAAGAUACAAUGCACUCAAAGCCCAUCGGAGAACACACACGGGAGAGAGGCCGUACUCCUGCACUGAGUGUGAAAUGAGCUUCCGCCAGCUGAGUCAUAUCCGCGCACACAUGAGAAUGCACACUGGAGAGAGACCUUAUGUCUGUGACGUCUGUGGUAAAGGCUUUGCACAGCUACAGAACCUAAAGAGUCAUCAGGAAAAAAAGCACUAAGACUUAAAUUUGAGAAAUGUGCAUGUUACUUGGUGAGAGAAAGAGAUACAUCAACUAUGUGAUAAAUUGACUAUUGUAAACAAUCAUUACAUUUUACUCUCAGUAUUUCCCACUGCAGAGUUUUUUCUAUAGCACUAAUGAGUGUAGCACUGUAGCUGCCUGGCAGCUCUAGCUGUUGACUGCAGCAGCUCAAGCAUUGAGAGCAUGGAACUUUUUUUUUUUUUUUUUUGUAACAAUAGAACUUGGUGACCUUGGGAAACAGAGAUCUGUUCA